GAAACCGUUGCUGUUUCCGCCGUGUAAGGCCCUGUUUCAUCCUCCAUUUCUACUCCAAUCUCUCCAGCAGGGAUUCGACUUGGAAGUGAGGAGCACUGGAAAAUGGAUCCGCCUAAGAAACUGUUAAUAGCUCUCAUUAUUGCUUGCUCUUCCUUGGGUGCAAUUUUCUCUUCCUUGUUUUGUGUAUGGUUUUUUUACAGGAAGAAUUCGAGCAAAUCCUCUAAAUGUGGUGCUAAGAGAUCAGACGGUGAAAAAGGGAAUGGGUUGGCACCAUUUCUGGGUAAAUUCAAGUCUAUGAGGACGGUUUCGAAGGAGGGUUAUGGUUCAUUUAUGGAUUAUAAGAUACUUGAAAAAGCUACAAAUAAGUUUCAUCCUGGUAAUAUUCUGGGUGAAGGUGGAUUUGGAUGUGUUUACAAGGCUCAAUUCAAUGAUGGUUCUUAUGCUGCUGUUAAGAAACUUGACUGUACAAGCCAAGAUGCAGAAAAGGAAUAUGAGAAUGAGGUCGAAUUGCUUUGUCGAUUUAAGCAUCCGAACAUAAUUUCGCUGUUGGGUUUUAGCAGUGACACUGACACAAGAUUUAUUGUGUAUGAGUUGAUGCAAAAUGGUUCUUUGGAAACUCAACUUCAUGGCCCUUCUCAUGGCUCGUCGUUAACUUGGCAUCGUCGGAUGAAAAUCGCUUUGGAUACAGCAAGAGGAUUAGAAUAUCUACAUGAGAAUUGCCAUCCACCAGUCAUCCAUAGAGAUCUGAAAUCAUCUAAUAUACUUUUGGAUUUGGACUUCAAUGCAAAGCUUUCAGAUUUUGGUCUUGCAGUGACUGAUGCAGCUCAAAACAAGAAUAAUUUGAAGCUUUCGGGUACUUUAGGUUAUGUGGCUCCAGAAUACCUUUUAGAUGGUAAAUUAACAGAUAAGAGUGAUGUUUAUGCAUUUGGUGUUGUGCUGCUGGAGCUUCUACUGGGAAGAAAGCCUGUAGAAAAACUAGCACCAUCUCAAUGCCAAUCGAUUGUCACAUGGGCCAUGCCUCAGCUUACUGACAGAUCUAAACUCCCGAACAUCAUCGAUCCGGUGAUAAGAGAUACCAUGGAUCUGAAGCACUUAUAUCAGGUUGCCGCUGUAGCAGUGCUAUGUGUGCAACCGGAACCGAGUUAUCGUCCAUUGAUAACCGAUGUUCUGCACUCACUUAUACCUCUUGUUCCCAUGGAGCUUGGAGGGACUCUAAGAGUUACAAUACCUACAGCCCUUGACCCUACGAACCGACACGUUCGCGGUACGCCCUGACAUGACACGAAAACAAACUGCCACACGAUCGUUGAUGUUGCAACGAUUAAAUCAUACAUCCACAUUAGUUCCAUUGCAUAACUAUAUGCACAGAUUUGGGUGAUAGUUCAUACCUUUUGAGGAUUGUUCAUGUCUUUUGUAAAUAGCCCUUUUGGGAACAAUGAGUUGUAAGAUGAUAUAUGCCAUGUGCCGUGCUGCUCUUAUAUUAGUUUGCUGUCAGAAGAAUUGGCAUUUAUGGAAAAUAUUGAGGAUCU